GCUGACUUCUCUAACAUGCUCUCUGAGGAGGAGAAGGAAGAGUUAAAGGCAGAAUUAGUUCAGCUAGAAGACGAAAUUACAACAUUACGACAAGUUUUGUCAGCAAAAGAAAGACAUCUGGUUGAGAUCAAACAGAAACUUGGCAUGAACCUGAUGAACGAGUUAAAGCAGAACUUCAGCAGAAGCUGGCAUGACAUGCAGACCACAACUGCGUACAAGAAAACACAUGAAACCCUGAGCCAUGCGGGGCAGAAGGCCACAGCAGCUUUCAGUAAUGUGGGCACCGCCAUCAGCAAGAAGUUUGGAGAUAUGAGGUCUCACUCCAUUGGGUACUCCAUUCGCCAUUCCAUAAGUAUGCCUGCCAUGAGGAAUUCUCCUACUUUCAAAUCAUUUGAGGAGAGGGUUGAGACAACUGUCACAAGCCUCAAGACGAAAGUAGGUGGGACGAACCACAGUGGUGGCAGUUUCGAGGAGGUCCUGAACUCCACAGCACAUGCCAGCUCCCAGAAUGCUGCAGGAGGCCCCCGGCAGACCACAGAUGAGGAGCUGCAGUGCUAG